CUUACUCAUGAAAAAAUUUCCUUUGUAGUUUUUAAAUCUCUUUUUACGCAAAAUAAGUAAAUUUAUUUUGACGUCAAGUUGUAAUUAAAUUUCAAAUUGAGUUCUUAGUCUGCCAUUGAUGGAGCAAACCUGACCCCAAGUCGACUAUACUGUCCGAUGAUGAAGUAGAAUUAUCUUGAUAGUUUCAAAUAUUGUCACUACGCGCGUUGUGUUUGUCAAAAUAAACGUGACAAACACAAAUAUUUUCAAAAUUUAUAACAAUAUAGUGUAAAAUAACAAUUAAUCGUUGAUUGUCAUAAAAAUGAGUAUUUUAGCAAAAGGAUUCAACCUAUUUCGUUCGCAAGUGGGAAAGUCCGUAGAAGCAUCAAAAGUAUGGAAUCUUACAAAAUCAUGUGUCGACAAUGCAUUCACAGGUUUGGCUGAGUUCAAAAGAAUGGGCUCUUCUUUAUUUCAAAUGCACAAAAAAGGUCCUCACGUUAAAAAACGUAACAAACGUCGCCCUUUGGACGGUAAACCCUUUGCCAAAGGUGUCGUCCUUAAAACGCUUAUUAAGAAACCAAAAAAACCAAAUUCCGCUAAUAGAAAAUGUGUACUUGUGAAACUGUCUAUUGGAAAAGAAAUGGUUGCUUAUGUACCUGGUAUAGGUCAUAAUCUACAAGAACACAACAUCGUACUUUGCCGAGUAGGCCGACUAAAAGAUACACCAGGAGUUAAAAUAAAAUGUGUCAGAGGUAAAUAUGAUUUGUCUCAUGUGAUAAAACCUGAGCCGAAGUAAAAAAAAUACAUACGUUAUUAUAUCAAUAAUUAGUUA